GGGGAGGAGGGGGAGGCGGGCACCGAGGGGCGUCCCCAGUCCCCGCUUGGCCCCCAGGCGUUAGCCAGCGGCGCGUUGGGGGCAAGGCUUGGUCAGGGAAGAGGCGGGGGCCAGGGAGGAGCUGUUGGAGUCCAGUCCUACCCGGGCGCCCGCCUGUGGUGUACCCCUAGGAGGGUGUGUUGGGGUACCAGCUCUCUGCUAGGACAGAAUGUGCUUUACUUCCCUCUCCCCUGACCCUCCGGAGGGGCGGCUGUUUAGCACAAGGUGGGCCAAGCACUCGGGUUGGCCAGGACCUAGUCACAUGGGCGCACCCAGCUGCAAGGGAGGCUGGGAAACAGCCACCCCCGGGGGCUGCAGGCCCCUGCGCCGCCUUUCACAGCUCGGAGGAGGCAGUGAGGCCCGCGUGCAGGGGCAGGAGCCUCUGCCACAGACACAUUCCCCCCGGGUCGGUAUUCCUGACGCUUUGCCAUCUGCGGAGCACACCGAGGCUGGCGCCGCGCAGACUUGCUGUGGCGAUGGGACUGUUUUCUGAUUCGUCCAGUUUGGUCCCCAUGAGCCACUUGAGGCCGUUGAACACUUCCCGUGUGGCUAGUGCAGCUGAGGAGGGGAACUUGUCAUUUUGGCCACAGCUGGCCGGUGGCUACCUUGUCAGGCAGGCCCGCCUGGGCCGUGGGAUCGAAGGGCGCGUUGCCUGCCCAGCAUCUCGUCCCCCUUUUCUCAUCUCACAAGCCCACGUGUGGCUACCUUUCUGCCCGGUGAGUGAGACCUCAGUGGUGCAAAGAAAGUGUGAAAUACCUGUCUUCAGUUGUUCCAUCCGCUGCCAAAUCCUCGCACUACCAGCCCCUCUCUCACAGCUGGGACGGUGCCGGAGCGUGAAGGAGUUCGAGAAGCUGAACCGCAUCGGGGAGGGCACCUACGGCAUCGUGUAUCGGGCCCGGGACACCCAGACGGACGAGAUUGUCGCCCUGAAGAAAGUGCGGAUGGACAAGGAGAAGGAUGGGGUCCCCAUCAGCAGCCUUCGCGAGAUCACGCUGCUCCUCCGCCUCCGCCAUCCAAAUAUCGUGGAGCUGAAGGAGGUGGUGGUGGGGAACCACCUGGAGAGCAUCUUCCUGGUGAUGGGCUACUGUGAGCAGGACCUGGCCAGCCUUCUGGAGAACAUGCCAACGCCCUUCUCGGAGGCCCAGGUCAAGUGCAUCGUGCUGCAGGUGCUGCGGGGUCUCCAGUACUUACACCAGAACUUCAUCAUCCACAGGGACCUGAAGGUUUCCAACUUGCUCAUGACCGAUAAGGGUUGCGUGAAGACAGCGGAUUUCGGCCUGGCCCGGGCCUGUGGCGUCCCCGUGAAGCCAAUGACGCCCAAGGUGGUCACUCUGUGGUACCGAGCCCCGGAGCUGCUGCUGGGCACCACCACGCAGACCACCAGCAUCGACAUGUGGGCCAUGGGCUGCGUCUUGGCCGAGCUGCUGGCCCACAAGCCCCUUCUCCCGGGCACAUCUGAGAUCCACCAGGUGGACCUGAUCGUACAGCUGCUGGGGACACCCAGUGAGAACAUCUGGCCGGGCUUCUCCCGGCUGCCGCUGGUCAGCCAGUACAGCCUGCGGAAGCAGCCCUACAACAACCUGAAGCACCGGUUCCCGUGGCUUUCCGAGGCCGGCCUGCGCCUGCUGAACCUGCUGUUCAUGUACGACCCCAAGAAAAGGGCGACGGCCGGGGACUGCCUGGAGAGCUCCUACUUCAAGGAGAAGCCCCUGCCCUGUGAGCCGGAGCUCAUGCCCACCUUCCCUCACCACCGCAACAAGCGGGCUGCUCCCGCCGUGUCUGAGAGCCAGAGCAAGCGCUGCAGGCCCUGAUGCAAGGCCCCUGCCGGCCAGGCUGACGGCUCCCGAGAUCCAGCUGGACCCUCGGCCCAGGACUCACCAGCUGCUUCAGCCGACCGCUCCGAUUCCUGCCUCCUCACCCACCACUGCCCCCGACAGCAGGGUGUGCACUGGUGAUGUGGAUGUGGGCGCCCUGAGCUGUGGUGGCCACACCUGGGGCCCUACUAGGUUCUGCCUAUUGCCUCACCCUGGGCUCCUAGCAGCUCUGGAAGCACCCAUGGGGCUCAUCUUAGGGGUGUUGCUGGCAAGGGGCGUGUGGAGGGGUCGGGUGUGGGUUGGACCUGGGUCUGGGCCAUGACCACUUGGAGACACCAGAGCAAAUGCCCUCCUGGGGGCAGAGCCCCAGGGGAGGGUACGGUUGGUGCUACAGGAACUGAGAUAAAAGCUUUCCUGACAGA